UAUUAUUAGUGAGGUGUCAGUGUUUGCUCAACGUGACGGGAUUUUUGGGUGUGGAUCGCGCGAUUCCCGGUCACAACCUGUCCCCCGGGAACGGUGAGAGUGUAGUGCUGCCGGGCUCCCGUUAAUGCGCGGCUUACGUGCGGAAGGAUCCUCCUCGUAGCCGGACCAGAGCUGACUGUUUAACCGACCAGGACCAGAGCAGACGCAGCCGCCAAGAUGCCGAAGUCGAUGAACGUGAGGGUGACGACGAUGGACGCGGAGCUGGAGUUCGCGAUCCAGCACACCACCACCGGGAAGCAGCUCUUCGACCAGGUCGUCAAGACCAUCGGGCUCAGGGAGGUCUGGUUCUUCGGGCUGCAGUACACCGACAACAAGGGCGACCUUACCUGGAUCAAGUUAUACAAGAAGGUGAUGAACCAGGAUGUGAAGAAGGAGAACCCCCUGCAGUUCAAAUUUCGUGCCAAAUUCUACCCGGAGGACGUGGCCGAGGAGCUCAUCCAGGAGAUCACCCUUCGUCUCUUCUACCUUCAGGUGAAAAAUUCCAUUCUUACCGACGAAAUCUACUGUCCACCCGAGACCUCCGUUCUUCUGGCCUCGUAUGCGGUCCAGGCUCGCCAUGGUGACUUCCAGAAGGGAACCCAUACCGCAGGGUUCCUGGCGAACGACCGUCUGUUGCCCCAGCGUGUCAUGGACCAGCACAAGAUGAGCAAGGAGGAAUGGGAGACCCCCAUCACCAAGUGGUGGCAGGAACAUCGCAGCAUGAUGCGCGAGGAUGCCAUGAUGGAGUACUUGAAGAUCGCCCAGGACCUUGAGAUGUACGGCGUUAACUACUUCGAGAUCCGCAACAAGAAGGGCACGGAUUUGUGGCUGGGCGUCGACGCCCUCGGUCUGAACAUCUACGAGAAGGACGACAAGCUGACGCCGAAGAUCGGCUUCCCGUGGUCCGAGAUACGGAACAUCUCGUUCAACGAGAAGAAGUUCAUCAUCAAGCCUAUCGACAAGAAGGCGCCGGACUUCGUCUUCUUCGUCUCCAGGGUCAAGAUCAACAAGAGGAUCCUGGCACUCUGCAUGGGCAACCACGAGCUCUACAUGCGCAGACGUAAACCCGACACCAUCGAUGUUCAGCAGAUGAAGGCUCAAGCUCGAGAGGAGAAGAUCGCGAAGCAGCAGCAACGGGAGAAGCUGCAGCUGGAGAUCGCCGCGAGGGAACGGGCCGAGAAGAAGCAGCAGGAAUACGAGGAGAGGAUCAGAGACAUGGCCGAACAGAUGGCCAGGCGGCAAGCCGAAUUGACCGAGGCGCAGGAAAUGAUCCGAAGAUUGGAGGAGCAGUUGAAGCAGCUCCAGGCAGCGAAGGAGGAAUUGGAGAAUCGCCAGAAGGAAUUGACGGUGAUGAUGGAGAAAUUGGAGCGAUCCCACGAGAUGGAGGCUGUCGAGCGAGCCAAACUCGAGCAGGAGAUUAGGGACAAGCAGGACGAGGUGCAGCGCAUCCAGUCCGAGGUCGAAGUCAAGGAUGCGGAGGCCAGAAGAUUGCAAGAGGAGGUCGAGGCCGUCAGAAUGAGACAGUGGGAGGCCGACCGGGCGCUGCAGGCGAACACGACUCCGCAUCACCAUCACGUGGAGGAAGCCGAAGAGGAGGGCGAGGAGGAGGGCGAGGACGAGACGCCGCACGGCGACGUCACCAAGGAACUCGCCACCGACGAGUCCAUCAUCGACCCGGUGGAGGAACGACGUACUCUCACCGAAAGGAACGAACGUCUUCAUGAUCAAUUGAAGGCAUUGAAGCAAGAUCUUGCCCAAUCGCGGGACGAGACUAAGGAGACGGUCAUGGACAAGAUCCACAGGGAAAACGUUCGCCAGGGUCGCGACAAGUACAAGACGCUCCGCGAGAUCCGCAAGGGGAACACCAAGCGUCGCGUCGAUCAGUUCGAGAACAUGUAAAUUAUGCCCAAACCUUUUUAAAAUCCCGAUCGUUACACCGUAUACCUACAUACCCUCCUCCCGACUCUUGUCUUUGCGUCACCGAUGUGCGGUAAAUGCAGCAAGUGCAUUGAACGCAUCGGGGACUACCGUGGACCGUACGAUCGGCACGCGCGCACCGCGACGACGAGUCGCUCCUCGAUCGUCGGCGACGCCUUGUUAUUAUUUUUUUUUUAUUUUUAUUUUAAAUUACAAUCCUGCACGAUUACUCUCACGCCACGUCUUCUGCGACCGGGCCUUCGGCAGAAAUGGCGGUCGAUCGAUUCCUAAGGAGCAGCGACGCGUCGAUACAGAGAUUCGCCUCGAUCGUACGAGUCCACGACGUUGACGCCGAAGAGCCGUAGCUUAACGAUCGGUCAAGAGACUCGGGCAACGCAGGAUUAAUCUGUCUUCCGUAUCGUUUAUAAGGUAAUCGUUUAGAUGCCGGGUAUAACACAUCGUAACGAUGUAUCCUGACGAGCGAGGACGCGAUCUCGCGUGCUGUCGCUGCUAUUCUCGUUGGGAUUCUCGUUUCCUCGUCAUGUAGCCGUCCACGGUGCCAGCGCUUCCCUAAGGAAAAGGAAGGAAAAAAAAAAACUAUCCGUCUAAUCAAUAUGUAUGAUAUGUUAUUUUACAACGGUGCGGUACUCGUCCGUCAAGAUCACGUCUCGGGCAGUAUUUUAAAUGCAUUUCCUCGCAAGUUCGCUUGGCCUUCGAUGAUGAUUCGCGAGGUCGUUGGCGAGUUCUUCUCGACCGUUCGUUAAGGCGCGUUUUCUCGACAAGACGUCGGUACAUCUCGUCCGUAUAACGGCCGGGAGCAAAUCGGCGUUUCCGGCUGGAAACGUCCUCGGAUGCUGCGUCUGGCUACGUUAAGUGAUAUAUCGGAUAUCAAAAGGAAUUUAUAUAUAACUUUACAACGAUCCGCGGACUAGUUUGUAACGCUCUAUUUACACGAUUUUUGCGAUGCGUCGAUUAGAGCGAGUUUUAUAUUGAACACACUUGUGGCCUUUGAUCGGUACCCGCAGGGGGAACUAGAGGUACGAUAUGUAACGUUAAGAUAUAUACCGUAGGGACGUCCCUUCGAAAAAUGUUAGUUAUUGAGCUCGCCUGUUAGAAGAGAGGAGCCCCAGGGAGGGGAGGCUGAGAAAGAGAGUAAGAGAGAAUGGGCGCGUAAAUGCACGUGAAAAUGGGAAUGUUAGCUGAAUGACGAUGCGCGGAUGCAAGUGAAUGGGGGACCGCGUAAGAGAGAGAAAGAAAACGACGGGCUUGAAAGAAAUAGGACGGAGAGGGGGAGACGGAGAGGGAAAAAGGAACGGCAGGCCUGGGAUGCCGUGUGUUACUUUUAAGCCAGUUUUUCUUUUUAAGGAGGAAACCUAGGAAGGCGACCACUAACGACACUUAAUCCCCAAAAGCUGCCAAUCUUUGCCGCGCGCGAAUUAAGGGUGUUAACACGGGAUGGGGACAUCAUUUUCAAACAUACGCGCGAUUUCGGAACAAACGUGGGGAGUGAGAGAAAUGAAAAAGAGGAAGAAAGAUUAAACUAGACGGCAAAAACAUGGAAAUCAAUUAAUCGAUUCAUUUUUAUUACCGUUUUCAUUGUGCACUAUUUAUCACCAUGCGGAGAGGGAGAGAGAGAGAAAGAAAGAGAGACGAGGGGAAUAUGAAAUUAGACGGCAAAACAUGGAAAUUAAUUAAUCAAUUAAUUCUUAUUACCGUUUUCAUAAUACACUAUUUAUCACCACGCGUUACAGCCACGGCAACAACAGAAGGAAUUACGAUAGAUAUUUUUUGAUUAUAUUUAAUAUUAAUAUUUACAAAUUAGUAGCGUUAUUAUUAUUAUAUUAUUAAUAUUAAUAUUUACAGUAUAGUAGCGUUAUUAUUAUUAAUUAAUUAAUUAUUAUCAUCAGGAUAAUAUUAAAAAGUGAACUAAAGCAGAGCAUUUUAUAGUCGUCCAUUUCUACUGAUGCUGAACGGCGAUACUUACGUAUACGUGCGACAAUUCGACACGUGGCGGGAUUAGGACUCGCAAAGGUAGAAACCGAACUCGACAAUAGAGAGGUCUUUUGCAAACAUUCCAUAGCCACACGGUGUUCUCGAACUUGAUCCGGGUCCUUUCGACCCCGUGAAAUUCCGAGCUUAAACUCGAUCGAUUAUUCGAUGGAGGAGGCCUACUAUAACUCGAUGCAAUAAAGGAUUAUCUACAUCUCGGUUGAAAUUGCCUAACUAGUGUCCGGUUGAUUUUUCGGUUUCGCACAACUACUGCACCGCGAAACGAUACCUGGGAAACUCUCGUUCCCCGUUUUCUUGGGAGGUGCUCCCGCGUUAAUUGUCAUUGUUGCGAGACAUGCCGUGGGCCUUGUCGAUAUAUCAAUUGCAAGUGUUCGGUCAGGUGUGCGUGUCUGACUCGGUCGUAUGAGAUGUUCGCAUUUAAUCCUGAAUUAGGAAUUGCGCAGGACGUGGGACUUCUCUGUACGAGGAGAAUGUCGAGGUUUUGUUGGGGUGUAUCGCUUGAGAAUUUACACAGAAGGUACAGAGAGGUCCAACGCGUAACAAUGUGGUGAUCACGGAUAAGGACAAUCGGUGCAAAUGGCAUUCAAUAUGUAACGCGGUGCUAGAGCGGUUUUAUGGUUCUUUUGUGGCUAGGUAGAUGAAGACAGAGGAGGGAUUUCUUUUUUAGAGUAUUUCCUUUUAAUCGUAUCCGUCUUUUAAGAACGCAUGUCGGUUCUCGAGCACCUCCGGCGAACUUCUUCACCCCUCCCCUCGAUUGAAAUUCUUCGUUUCGUUACCUUUAAUCGGGCGUUUGAUAACAGGUCUGUAGUAGCAGUAUUAUUAUUGCGUUGGGUAAUUAUCACACGGAGCGAUUCGCACGACCGUAGAGACACGCGGGUACCAUCGAGCCGCGGAGAGACACGUAGAUACUGUAUAUUAAUUCGAAACUGUUGGUGCGAGGACAUAUGAGAAAAGCUACUUAUAUACUUUUGCUGAGAAAACUAGACACUGUUUAAAUAAAAAUUAUAUCUUA